GCGACACAGGAAUUUACUUACGAAUGCACCUGUAGAAAUUGCGGUAAAAACACGUUUUCUCGUAAACACCGAGAAAAAGGUUUUUGAAACACCUUGCACAACUAAUUGAAAUGCGAUAGGAGUUUCACGGCAGUCAAAAUGGAGCAAUUUAUUUUCUUUGUUGUUUUUCUUGGUGCUAUCUAUGGUCAGCAGCAAAGCCAAGCAAAGGAAGACCGGGACGACUUUCAAAAACAAGCGACAUUUUCCGCCAUCGAAGGCUUUGAGCUUCCCAGGGGUGUAUAUGCAAAUAUGAAAGUGGCGCAUGCGUUUGAGUGCAGCUCCGCUUGCCUGUCAGACGCGCGGUGCAGAUCUGCAAACUACCACAAAAAUUAUAAUCCCAUGAAUCUGUGCGAGCUGAGCAGCGUAGCAGUCAUUGAGAAGACUGAGCUUGCUGUAAAUGAAAAUGUGACAUAUUAUAAACGAAGCUUCUCAGAUGUGUGCGCAAACUGCAAGAAUGGCGCGCGGUGCACUCGCAUCGAUAACUUGCAAGGCUACGAGUGCCACUGCCCGCCAUUCAAUACCGGCAUGCGUUGCGAAGGCUGGACAGUGAACAUCUCUUCAUGCAAAGAUAUCUUGAACAAAACGAGUUAUCGUACGAACAUGGCGUACACGUUUACCGUGGGCUCAGAAGAAACCAGUGUCUACUGUCACAUGUCAAGUAUCUGCGGAAGUGGGGGAUGGACGCUGGUCAUGAAGACAGACGGCAGACAGAAUACCUUUCAGUACAGCUCCAAAUACUGGUCAGACAAGCUUGCCUAUAACCCUGAAGCAGGAUUAACCGGUCUUGAUGGCGAUGAGACCAAGCUGUCCACCUAUUGGAGCGUGCCGUUUGACCAGAUCUGCUUGGGGAUGGAAGUCGGCGACAAAAUCAAGUGGCUAACCCUUGACUACCCCUCUGCGUCCCUUUAUGACGUCAUCGCUGAUGGCAAUUUCAAGAAUCUGUCUAUGUCGCGCGAUGAUUGGCUGGGACUUAUCGAGGGUUCACAACUUCAGGCUAAUUGUGACCAAAAUGGCUUUAAUGCAAGACGUGUUCGGAUCGGCAUUAUUGGAAAUCAGGAAAACCACUGUAACAGUCCAGAUAGUUUUGUUGGUAUUGGAAGUAACCAUGUAUCAGUAUCUGUAGGUAAUACAUGCGUAUUGGGCUGCCAAUCCAACCGUCCAGCAAAUGGUUACAUUUUAAUCAGAUGAACAUCUGUAAGAUGUAAAAUUGCUGCACUAUUUCAGGAAUUGUUGAUAUCAUGCAAACAAUACUUACUUUCUGAAUCCAAUCUUUUCACUUACACAAUAUUUUCAAUCUUUUCAUUUCAUUGUUUUUAAAGUGAAAAAAGUAAUUAAUCUAGCCAAUAGACUCCCCGAAGGCUAGAAAACAGUAUUAGCAGUUAACUGAAAUUUGUUACUAAAUGUACCAGAACACCAGAAAUAGCUAGCUUACAUUAAUGUAAGUAUUAUUAGAUUCUAUUAAUUACGAUUAGCGAUCACGAAAAUUGUUUUAGCAGUGCGUUUGUAAAACACGUGAAUAAUGGUUAAAAUAUAUUCUAAGGGAAAGUUCAUUUAUUAUCCCGAGGGGGCGGGGGGCGUGAGGAUUUUAAUAAAAGUAAGGGAUAAAAUAAGUUGACCCCCCUUCUGGAGUAACAAAAUUUUUCAUGUUCCCCUUACGUUUCCCCAUAUUUUGGGUCCCCCCCCCCCCUCCCGAAAACCGGAGAAAAAUGAGCAAAGGAAUGAACGGCAAUGACACGUGCAAGAGAUUAGCUGCAAGCUGGACAAAAAGUGAUGGGGAAAGGAAUUGGAUGAAAACAUCAAUUUCAGAUAAAGUGAAGGCACUAAAUUUCUCAAAGAUGCGACUAACUCCAGGUCGCAACCUGAUAAUGGUUGAUGCUAUAGAUGCCGUAAAAAAAGCAAAAAAGGCUUUUCGAUCUUCUCCUUGCAUGAGAAUAGAAAAGAAAGAAAGCGAGGAAGGCAGCGAAUCGGAUAUGAGCGAGGAUUUUGAUGACGGAGAAUGAGCGCUUAUAGCAUUGAAACGUUUUGUUUAUAAUUUUAGAUAUUGAACAUAAACACUUUAUAAUAUUAUAUAGCGGAAACCAUGAAAAGAUGUAUUUAGGGUGUAUACAGUUUUGCAUUGCAUUGAUAAAACGAGGCUUAAUACGUU